AAAGCUUAUUUUAUAAGAAAAAGAUGCAACGUAUUUAAAAUUAGGCAUUAGUAUGGUGUACAAUAAUAUGUGUCUUUGAUCUCUACAAUAAAUGUCAUAUUGUAUUUUCGAUAAGGAUUUAAAGAGUCACAUACGUACCCCUAUGUUGAGUAGUAGAACAAAUUCAAUAGUAACGUCAUGGCGGAGGCUGCGAUUGAAAUUUACAGCUAGCAAGCUGGUCUUUCUAUAUAUACUGGUUCUCUAACUUUCACCAUGACCGAGUGGAGAACAUUGUUUGAUGGUAGCCGAGUGAUUCCUCCUCACAACCAGAGUGUGCGUCUGGCUGAAGAGCUACCUCCAGCGUGUUUUCAGAUUGCACUGAAACAUCUCCAAGGAGGUUCCAUUGGACAGCGCCUGCUCGAGGGGCUCCAGGGGGUGAGGUUUCAGCUGCGAGUCUCCCUAUUUGAUGUCAGCCACCGACACUUUUUCGGGAGGACGUGGAAGAGCCCGUUGCUGCACCAGACGAGGACUGGCUCGGGGCAAGCCGGCAGGGUGCCUUUUAAUGAGGUCCUCUACUUCCACACCUCGCUCAGACACCCUGGCGUGGUGGCGGUGGUGGAGGUGGUUUCUGUGGCUCAGAAAGCAGAUGGUUCCCAGAGUGCACUGGGGUGCGGGUUUGGCAUCAUGCGCCUGUUCCCCAGCCAGGCCAGUCCGGGGGAGCCACGCGCUGGCCAAGCAGAUAGAAGAUUGAAUCUUUACCAUGGAAGCCCCAGAGGCCUGUUAUACCAGACUCUGCAGGAACCCAUAGAGCAGAGCGCGCUCAUGACGCCGAUGGAGGGGGCCCACCUGCAGUACUCGCUGAAGCCCCACCCAGCCCUGGAGGCCGCCGCGCACCUCCUCCCGCCCAACGUGCCGGUGUCCGGAGCGGAGAGCGUCCCCGGGAUAGUGCCCUCCUCCGGGGAGACAGCAGACUCGCUGCAGAAGCCUCGCUUGCUGAAGAGCUUCACCUGCUACCUGGACAAGCUGUCCCUCACCCUGUACCCCUCCCUGGAGAAGUUUGAGGAGGAACUGCUGCAGCUCUUGAACGCGGACCACCUAAGCCGGAAGAACUGGCAUCCGGACGGGAACUCGGUGGUGAUUCAGGAGCGGAGGCUGCACGUGGGGGUGCACAACGGCUGGGGGUUCCUGGAGAGGCCGCAGGUGGUGGUGGUGGAGCCGGAGGCGGAGGGGGGCAGGGGCCGGAGCGGCAGCUUCAGACGGGGCUCCCUCAGCAGGCUCAGCUCGCCCGCCCCUCAGGUCCUGGCCCUGCGCAGCCGUCUGCAGCUGAAGGAGAUGGUGAAGCACCCGGCCUUCGCCAUCGUCUUCCUCCUGGAGUACGUCUUCUCCGCUCCCGUCAGUGCGGACGCCAAGGUGACUUUGGCGUCCUCCUUCUCCAGGACGGCCUUCAUGCAGUGCCUGCGCUGGGCCGUCUGGUGCCCGUUCCAGGAGCCGGGGAACGCCGCCGCCGCAGACGUGACUCUGGCCCUGCAGGGCGGCGACGUUCGGGGCCCCAGCGGGGUCAUGGUGUAUGCGGCCCCGCCCCCGGACCGAAGCUCCACCGAGGUGAGGGACCUGGAGAGGGGAACCGUGAAGUUCAGGUUCUCCGCCCGAUCCGAAGGCCGGCCCCCCAGCCCAGCGUUGUCCCUGAAGAACAGGCAGGAGGAGGCGUCUCGACACAAGAAGCCCCCUUCCCCGUCAAGAGGUCUGAGUGAGACGGCGCCCCGAGUGUCCUCCCCGCCGCAGUCGCCACCGGGCCCCGGGCUGUCUAUAUCUCAGCUCGCUGCUUCUCCACGUUACCCAACCAUCAGCCACUCCACAUCGUCACCCUGGCAACAGCAGUUUCCCUCUCAGCUCUACCCCUCCCCUCUGGUAUCGGCCUACCAGCUGUCACACAUUGAGCUGCCGUGUGCCAGCAGCAUCGCGCACCUGGAGGUGAGCCUGAGCGCGGCGGGGGAGACGGACCGGCCCCCGCCCGCGGAGCAGCUGCGGGAGCUGCCGUUCGCCCCCGUGCACGCGCCCGUCACCACGCUGGGGACGCAGACGUCGGGAGCUGCUUCCUCGCUGUCCCGGAGCUCGAUGGCCCAGCUCUCCUCCGCUGGCUUCCCAGAGAUCCUGGACCUCAACGGCCAGGCGGCGGAGGUCCUGGACCCGGCCGAGCCGGUCAACUUCAACCCGCAGAGAGAGGAGGCGGAUCCCCUGCAGUGCAACGAGCUGGUCCUGCAGUUCCUGGCCUUUUCCAGGGUCCCACAGGAAGGCGUGAAUGAUGAUUGGCCGAACUCUGUGCACUUCACCUUCCAGCUGUACCGCUUCCCCCCCGUGACCACCAAUCGGAUGACGCUGCUCAGCGCGGACAAGCCGGAGAGGAAGUCCCGGGACAAGCGCCCCUGCGUCCUGGCGCUCGUCAACAAAGACGGGACUGUGGAUUCCGGGACUCCUGGGCUGCAGCUGAAGUACCUGGUGGACCCCGGCUUUCUGAAACCCGGGGAGCAGCGCUGGUUCCUGCGCUACCUGGCCCUGCACACCCUGCAGAUCGACGUGUGGGACAGCGACUCUCUCCUGCUGGUGGGCUCUGCAGGUGUGGAGCUCAAGCACCUGCUGCGUCAGGGCAGGCCCGCGGUGCAGCUGGCGCAGGAGCUGGAGGUCAUCACCACCGAGUACCUCCAGGACGCCCCGCCGGCGCGCGGCGCCGUGGCAACCGUCAGCGCCUUCACCGCGGUCAGGGGGAGGCUCCACCUGCGCCUGGGUAACAUCGGACGCCUGGCCGAUGUGAACCCGAAGAAGUCGGCGACGCUUCCCCCGGCCCGCUCGCACGUGAUCGUGGCGCGCGACGGCACCGGCGGCUUCGGCGGCGGCGGCAUUAGCGCCAGGAGCGUGGCGAGCCUGAACGCCAGGAACACGUGCCGCGCCCGGCGGCUGGCGGAGACGGACGGCGAGCUGGCCUCGCUGCUGCACGGCCGGGCGAGGGAGGCGGGCGUGGCCGCGGGGCGCCCCCUGCAGGAGACGGAGGAGACCCGCCGCCGCAAGCUGGAGAGGAUGGCGGCCGCGCGGCGGUACGAGGAGCAGGGCGGCGUCGGCGCUCCGGCCAGGCCCAGCGUCACGAGCCGUCGGGAGGAGCGCGUCCAGCACCUGCGGGACCUGCAGCUGAUCGAGGCCUACCGCGAGCGGAGCAAGGCCGAGAGCAUCACCAGCAUGCUGGCCAGAGCCAUCACCACCCAGCACACGCUCUACGCCACGCUGGGCGCCGCCGAGUUCUUCGAGUUCGUCCUGAAGAACCCCUUCAACGUGCCGCAGACCGUCACCGUCGAGAGCGAGGACCCGGAGCUCAGUGUUAUCGUGAACUACGGAGAAUGGAAGCAUUUUAAGAGCCUGACCAAAACCAUGACCCCGCUGGAGGAGGACAUGUUUCACCUCAAAGACGGCACGCUGGCCCCCCAGGUGUACCUGCGCCCCAAGGAGACCGUUUACGUCCCUCUGAAGUACCAGACCUUCACCUCUGAGCCUGCGACCGUCACGCAGACGCCGGCCAAUAAGAAUUGUGGAAGGAAUGCGAACGUGGCUCAAAAGCAUCAAUCCAACACAGUCCAGCCCAAGACAAUCAAAGUGACCUUCAGGGCGGAGGACGGCAAGCCGCUGGCCAUCUGCCAGGUGGACGUGGAGCCGACGCCCCACGUCAUCGAUCAGACGUUCCGCUUCUACCACCCCGAGCUCACGUUCCUGAAGAAGGCCAUCCGCCUCCCCCCGUGGGACGUCCUGCCAGGGGUGCCGGCCCGGGGAUCCGACACGCCGCCCCACAUUCAAGUGCGCUGCAGUGACCCCAACAUCAUCUGUGACACCAGGAGGGUGGCUCCCGACGAACCUCAGGACGUGUUCCUGAAAGUAGCGGGUGGCCAGAGUCCGCAGAUAAAGAAGUUCUUCAUCAUGGUGUUCAUAGACGAGUGGCUAGCCGCGCCGGCGCAGAUCUGGCAGGUGUACGUCCACUUCCUGCAGCGCGUGGACCUCAGCUGCGUGACCGGUCAGCUGACCUGGCAGUCGCUGGUGCUGAGAGGCUCGCAGGCCCUCAGGAAAGUGCGCUGUCACUCCUCCCUGCCCGGAGAGAUCCAGAUCGACCCCCCGGGGGCGUUCGCCCUGCCCCCCAACGCCGUGCAGGACCUCCAGAUCGGGGUGCGCCCACGCAGGGCCGGCUGCCGGUUCGCGUACCUGAACGUGGUGGACGCAGAGUACCGUCAGCUGGUGGCGUCCUGGCUGCUCUGCGUGUCCUGUCGGCAGCCACUUAUAUCCAAAGCAUUUGAAAUCUUUCUUCCUGUGGGAGGUGGAAGGGGAAGCAACAAGAAAAUUACCUACACCAAUCCCUACCCCUACAGCAGAGUUUUCCUGCUGAGCUCCGACCACCCCGACCUGCUCCAGUUCAAGGAGAACUCAUUCCAGAUCGGGGGAGGGGAGACGUACACCAUCGGGCUGCGAUUCGCCCCCAGCCAGUGCGCCGGGGCGGAAGAGAUCCUCGUCUACAUCAACGACCACGAGGACAAGAACGAGGAGACCUUCUGCAUCAAGGUCCAGUACCAGUGACCGGCUCGGACCCCCGCAAGCCCAUGGAACCCUCCGGAACCACCCCCACCAGUAUAAACGGCAGCACCGGGACCCGAAAUCGAUAGGUACCGCGGGGUGUGUCGCGCCUGACUUCACCGGUCAGCAGGGCACUACUGAAGGGCACGGCAGGACAGAGAGACCACGGUCGCGGUAAAAGACGGUUCCACCUCCUGACUGCCAAACAGGAAAGUGAAAGAGAAACACUAGCUGAUGACAACCGGCGGAAAUUGCUAGCUGCAGCCGGUGCAGCUUCGUAUUGAUUAGAAAAAAAUCAAGUACGGGUGAAACUUAAUUUAAAAGCCAAAAAAAAACUUGCAAAGCACACGCUUACUGCUUAGGCAUCGUAAUUCCUUCUGUUCCAUGUUAUCGAUUGAUACCUGAACAGCUAUAGUCUUAGAUGUCUGCAGUGCAACUACUUUCAACAUAUAGCUUUCUGUGAGUAUCUAUAUAAAACAAUACACGUAGCCUACAUUAUAUAUUCAAAGAGGUUUAAAACCAGCUGUGUUAGCAGCUCUGAAGUGAGCUACACUUGCAAUAGUGCUACCAAAUGUGCCUUCACACAUUGUGCCAUUCGAACGUUCAGGGAAAUUAAAUGAGUUGAUGUUUCAACGCAAUAAUCUUUGACAGCUCCUUAAAAAAAAGUUUUCAAAUUGGCUGUAAAUGCUCUGGUGGUAGCAGAGAUUUUUUUUUCUUUGAGAGUUUACCUGUGAUGUUCAAAAACCCAGGGAAGCCGUUUGGAGUGGAAAUGUUGGGCGCGUCGGGAAAAAAAAAAAGUUUUUUUACUCACCGUCUACUUUUAGCGUCUUAGGCACUACGCGCGCCACUCGAGCGUAACUGGGCUGUGAAAUCGGUGCUCUCCCACUCAGCCUAAUUUUCGUGGCCCGGCUGUAACCGAGGAGAAACCGCCGUGCCGUCUUUAACCCUUAUCAGCGUUCACGCUUCAAGGUUCUGCGUUUUCACAUGGGGGGGGGGGGGGGGGGGGGGGAACGCGCACGCGGACGCAUUAGCGGUUCGAGCGUGGACAUUUUUUAUUAAUGCUAUUUCAGCCCGGGACCCGUCCGGGGGGCGAUUUGAUUAGGUUGUGCGGCCACCUCCUCAGUAGCCCCGCCCGUGAGAGCCUAGCCAGCCCGAACGGGUGAUCCUUCCAAGAGGAGGAGUGCUCCCGGAUAAUCAUUUCAGAGGAGCCCCAACAUUUCUUUGAUUGCGACGAGGAUAAGAGGGAAUUAUAACGCAGUCCUGCGGUUACGUCCGCAGGCACAGCACGUCCUGUAACGUUCGCCGAGCCGCGCCGCCCGGAUUUUUUUACUUUUUUAUUUAUUAAUUUUUUUUUUGAUUUCUAAAGACUGUGAGCAGGGGGCAGAAAGAGCAAGCUCGUCCCUUAAGUGUAAUUAGAUGCGCCGUAAUGAGGUAUGAUUUUCCGCGAGGAGACGGUCUCUUCACAUCGCUCUCAUUAACGGCGGCGUGCGCUGAGGAUCCUCGUUCUCCGCACGCCGCCUAUCAGCGUGGAGCCCUGCGAAUUCUGUCAACAACCCCGGGCUUACAUAACACCCAGUUAUACAAGCUCCCUCAUUAGGAUUCACCGUGUGAAAUACAUUUUGGUUUGGGGAAGAGAGCAGUGAAGAUGCAGGGAGAAAAACGCACAGUGUACAGACACAUCAGCCAUUUUGAGUCAGUUGAAGUUUUAAGGGGGCAUAAAUGUUCGGGUGACCGUGCAGGAUUGCUUGUCUUCCGUGGGUUUAAAACCCCAGGCCCGUGGUCUCCUUCCAAAAAUCCCCAGCUAAUCCUGGAACGCCACCGGGUUUCUUUAACACGGGAUCAGCGUUGAGCGGCUUCUCCUGAUGCUCCUGCGCUUUGAAACGGUCGCUGUUUUCUGAUUGUGAAAUGCCACAAACCCAAAACCAAAAAAAACAAAAAAAAAAAACAACAAACUAGAAAGGGAAAUGGGGCGGGGGGGGGGAGAGAAGUGCUUGAAGUGGCAGGAAACAUAACGGCGUGUGAAAGUGUGUGAAACGCGGCUCUUCUCUGGAAUCCCGCGGGCUGGAGCGGCAGCGGCACCGCUCUCUCUCACACACGCAGCCGUGCAGCUGCGGUUUAACACGAGCACCAACGACGCCCGCCUUUGUGUUACCGUAGGAACGGUACGCCUCCCCCCAACGCGCCCCACAGAAGCAGCCUCCAUCGCUCAGAGCCAUGUGCCCUCAGCAGAGAGUUUAAGGAGUGGAGUUUAUUCAGGUAAACUUUGAUGCCGGAGGUUGGACUGCUCUCACCAGUCAGAGGAGAAAUACUGAGGAGAAGAAUCAGAGUUUCCUUUCAGCCCAGGAAGAGGGAAGGAAAUUCAUUUAUGAACUCAGCAAUAAAAAAGCAGCUUGCUUGUGUGGAGAGCAUGGUUCAUCGCACAGUGAUUCACAGUGAUUUGGGAUGUGGAGGAAAGAUGACUAUAUGUGUGUAUGCGUGUGUGUGAGUACGUGCGUGUGUGUAUGUGUGUGCGUGUGUGUGUGUGCGUGUGUGUGUGUGCGUGUGUGUGUGUGUGCAUGCAUGUGUGUAUGUAUAUGGUGUGUGUCUGUGUGUCCGUGUGUGUAUGUGUGUGUAUGUGUGCAUGUGUGUGCAUGUGUACCUGUGUGUGUGUGCGCGCGUGUGCAUGCGUAUGUGUGUGUGUAUGCACACGUGCGUGUGCGUGUGUGUGUGCAUGCAUGUGUGUAUGUAUAUGGUGUGUGUCUGUGUGUGUGUGUGUCCGCGUGUGUGUAUGUGUGCGUGUGUGUACAUGUGUACCUGUGUGUGCGUGUGUGUCUGUGUGUGUCUGUGUGUGUAUGUGUGUGUAUGUGUGCGUGUGUGUGCAUGUGUACCUGUGUGCGUCUGUGUGUGUCUGUGUGUGUCUGUGUGUGUGUGUCUGCGUGUGUCUGCAUGUGUGUGUGGGGAGAAAGGCAACAGCCAUAUCUCAUCUGUGAGAUGUGGCGCGAUGGGGAGUGCUGCCGGAUUAAACCGGUUUCCCUGCUGGGCUGUUGAGAUGCAAACAAACAUAUUAAAACGGCUCAAUGUGACUGAUAGCAUUACCUGCUCCAUGACCAAAUGCUUAUGAAGACGUGCGGACGAAAGGAGUGCUGUUCCCUCCUCUUCAGACGGAGGGCUUUCUGGAGCGUUCAGCAGGUGGCACCCUAGCACUUGAAAAUGCCUCUGCUCAAUAUGAGGUCUGAAUGAUAGGCAUUCACGGGGUUUUUUUCAAAAUGGAAGAUGAAUGUCCCUCCACAUUCUGCCUGUUCUCCAUUAAUAAGUAGAUUUUGUAUUUUUUAAAGAGUUAUUUUAUGUGUCUUUUUUCAUGAAAUGAUAGUUUUUACUGAUUUGCUGCUGUUUUUCUUAGAAUAUGAACACUGUAUUUGCAGCUUAUUUGGAGAGAGCAUUGUAUUGAAAAUUAAACAGAACUAUACAUUUG